GGGCAGCCACGAUUUCACACGUGCAGCCACUUAAUGACUCGAUAGCUAUUCAGCCACAUCCAGUCCAGUCUGAGUCUGGGUGUUUGCAUUGUAACGGGGCAAAGAGGAAUCUCCCGAAAUUCGACACUGUCGUGUAGGUUAUGUUCUGUGUGUGACAACUAGAAACAGUUUAACUUGGUUUAUUUUACAUAGGCCACAAUGUUGCCGGACGCCUAUGGCUGUGUCGUGGCAAACCGAUUCGGGGAGCUCUUGGACGACGAUGCUGACCCCUUCGACCUGCUCAGCAUGGCGGAGAGCACGGAGAAAUCAAAGAAAAAGAAGGAAGACGUUAAGAAAGCAAAGCAGAAGAAGCCUGGCCUGAAGGAAUCUCAGAAGGAGAGACGCGCGGGAGUCGACGAGCAACCUGCUCCUCCUAUGGUGAAAAAGCCCCCAACACGGGAGCCCAUGUCCAGUGAGAGCCGAGGCGGAGCAGUGGAGGGUCAAAGGGCCCCAAGAAGGAAUGCGUUUGAGGAGCGACCGUAUGAGCCAGAACAGUACUACCAGGAAAACUAUAUCUCCAGGUCCUCCUUUAACAGCGAGGUUGACCCCAGGGUCCAAGGAAGCUUCAGGGGUGGUCGAGGAGGAAGGGGAGCCGGCUAUCCCAGGAACUUGGAGAACUUUAAUCCCCGUGGCAAGAGGGAAUAUGAGCGGCAGAGCGGAACAGGCAUGUGUCCUGAUGAGAAGAGGGGUGGCAGAGGAUCGUGGAACUGGGGCACCGUUCAGGACACUAUUGGUGAUAUGGAUGUGACGGCCGCAGUCAACCCUGAGUCCCAGGCCCCAGUGGAGGGUGAAGAACAAGGAACAGACCUGGAAGGAGAGGUGGUGGUCCAGGUGGCCAUAGAGAUGAGCCUGGACGAGUGGAGGGCACUGCAGGAGUCCAGCCGCCCCAAGUCGGAGCUGAACCUCCGCAAGGCAGACACCGAGGUGCCGUCCAAGGCCAGGGUGAUUCACGAGUCCAAUCUGCGUGAGGACAUCAAAGAGGAGGACAUGGAAGACCACUUCCUGCGCAGGUCUGUAAAUGACAUCACUUCGCGCCUGGACAUAAACUUCGGGAGUCUUGGACGUCCCGCCCGGGGAGGGCGAGGCCGGGGCAGACGGGGUGCCAUAGCGGGUACCCCAGAGGUUGUCACUCCCAAAUUUGAGAGGGUCGACAUCCUGGCUCCAAACCCAGAUGAUCCAGAGGAUUUCCCAGCACUGUCGGCUGGAAAAUAAUAAGGGCCGGUGAUUGUCACUUCCAUUGCCCACUGGUGAAAAUGGGAUGCACUUGAGCCAACAAUGUUUAUUCACCGUUGUGUUCUGCUGUUCCAUGGUUUGGGGUUCAUGUUGCUUGUUACUGACUCCUGGCGAAUAAAACAUCUGCAAAUUAUAUUUGGUGAGUGUUUU